CAUUAUGACAAUCCAGAGAAAUACGAUCCCGAACAUUUUGCCCCGGAUAAGGUGAAAAAUCGUGACCCGUUCGCAUAUGUACCAUUUUCUGCAGGCAUUCGAAAUUGUAUAGGUAAUAGAUUUGCCAAUUUGGAAUUGGUAGUAACUUUGGCUCACAUUUUGAGACGUUAUCGAGUUAUUUCAAUGAUACCAGAAGCGGAGAAUCGACCAAUACCGGAAUUUACAUUAAAACCGAGCAGAGGUUUUCCGAUUCGCUUGGAGAGGAGAUAA